AUGUCUUCUGCCUUUGCUAGAUUCAUGGCCUCAGAAACAGGCCCAAAGACUGUGCAUUUCUGGGCUCCAGUUUUAAAAUGGGCUCUAGUUAUUGCUGGUAUCAAUGAUAUUUCGAGACCUGUUGAAAAAGUCUCUGGUACUCAAAAUCUAUCGCUUUUAGCUACAGGUACCAUAUGGACAAGAUGGUCUUUUGUUAUCAAACCAAAGAAUUAUUUAUUAGCUUCUGUGAAUUUCUUCCUUGCCGGAACCGCUGGUUAUCAAAUUUCAAGAAUUAUCAAUUAUAGAAAGAGUGAAGGUGAUUCACCAAGAGAAAUUGUUAAUUAUUUGAUCAAUGGUCCUCAAAAGCCAAAAAUUGAUACUGAAACUGUGAUUAAAGCUUAA